AUGGAUGUUGCAAUUGGUAUAGAGUACUUGCAUGGGAAGAAUAUAGUACACUUUGAUUUAAGAUUUUUUGAUUUAAGAGUUAUAAUCUGUUUGGUUAAUUUCUGGGAUCAGCAACGUCCAAUUUGCAAGAUACGCAAUCACAAGGAAAUGUUAAACAAGAAGAGCUCUAAAUUUGUUUUUAGAAGAAAGAAGCUUGUGGGGAUCUUUGGUCAAGGGUCACUUGAUUGUGCAAUUUCCUUAUCAGAUGAGCAUGGAGAAAAGGGGGAAAAGCUGGAAACUUGCAAGCAUCUAUUUCAUGAAAACUGUUUGGAGAAAUGGCUUAUGCAGAAGGAUAUAAAAGCAACUUGUCCACUUUCUAAUUGA